GUCAUGGUGAAUCGCAGGAAGUGGUGGGGUCAGUGACAAAUAGACAUGGCCUAAAUUGAGGGGGCUUUGGAAAAGCUGGGCAGAUGAUCCCGACUACAUGAAUUUUGAGUUAAGUUUCGCUUUACUGGACUAACCUGUUGACCCUUAAGUACUGUAUUCUGCUUGUUCAUCUCAGCUCCAGAGAAUCCACACAGGGGAGAGGCCCUAUGAAUGCAGUGAGUGCGAGAAAACCUUCAGUCACAGCUCGCACCUUAUUAGGCAUCAGAAAAUGCACACAGGGUUCAUUGCUGCGGACAUUAAAUGUACGGGGUCUUUGACCGAACUGUAGCUUAUCACAGACUACCAUGAGCAUAGCUCCCUGUAUGAUUAUCUGCAAUCCACUCCCUUGGAUCCAAAAGCCAUGCUAAACCUGGCCUAUUCCUCUGCUAGCAGCUUUUGCCACUUGCAAACGGAGAUCUUUGGGACUCAAGUCAAGCCAGCUAUUGUCCAUCGGGAUCUGAAAAGUAAGAACAUCCUAGUGAAAAAGGAUGGAACCUGCUGUAUAGCAGACUUGGGCUUGGCAGUUAAAUGGUUUAGUGAUAAAAAUGGGGUGGACGUACCACCUAAAACCCUGGUAGGAACAAAGCGCUAUAUGCCUCCUGAGGUGCUGGAUCAAAGCUUGAAUAGGAACCACUUCCAGUCAUAUCUCACGGCUGAUAUGUACAGUUUUGGACUCAUCCUUUGGGAGGUAGCAAGGAGAUGUGUGUCAGAAGGAAUAGUUGAAGAAUACCAGCUUCCAUACCAUGAUCUUGUGCCCACUGACCCCUCCUGCAAAGACAUGCGAGAGAUCGUGUGCAGCAAGAAGCUCCGUCUCUCAUUACCCAGUAGAUGGAGCAGUGACCAGUGCCUGAGACAAAUGGAAAAAACUCAUGACAGAGUGUUGGGCACACAACCCUGCUUCUCGACUCACAGCCCUGCGAGUAAAGAAAACACUUGCCAAAAUGUCAGAGUCACGGAACAUUACAAUCUGAUUCAACAAAAGAUAUCUCUGGCGAAAGCCCAUCCAAAACGACUUUCCCUUGUGGUCAGAGGACAUGAAGAGGAAUUAGAAGCAUUCACUAAUGUGGAUCCUGAACACAGUCAUGCUUCAGAGCAACUGUAGAUUUAACUAACAUCUUUUGAGGAGAGGAGCCUUUGCAAAAUCAGCAGCCUUUGACACACAAGAUCAGAAAAGGCUCGUCUGCUCCCUGUUUGUGUGGGGAACUACCAUUUCAGUAACUGGUUCAAGAUUAUGCAUGUUGCUUUCUGUGAAAGCCCAUUAUUUUGAUUUUAUUUUAUUUUUGAUUGUUUAAAAGAAGACACUGUUUUAAAUUUUUAUGGUUCUAGGAUAAGGCAAAGCACACUUUUUCUAGCCUUUAUUACUGAAAAGUAAAGAAUUUUGAUACGAAAGGAACAGGUUCACUCAAGAAUGAGUUUGGUUCAUCUUAACAGCCACUGAAACCACUGGUGAGUGAAACUGCUGUGAACCGCAUAUAAAAAUGUUGCAUAGGAGACAAUUAUACACAACACGAGUGAGGGUUCCCCUUCAGCAUGUGAAAGAAGCAUUAACACUUUGGGGGAAAAAUGUCCCAUUUAUUCUGGGGGAUUAUUUGUUGUUCCUUUUUUAAAUGUAGUGAGACUUCUUAACUUCCUCUUGAUAAGGACUGAAAGGAGGGAGCUGCUGACAGUUAAUUGAUCGUGCAGUUUGGAUUUAUUUAGGCAGAAUUGGACCCAGUGCUGCGUUUCUCUUUCAACCAAAACCUCCCGCUGCAGUCAGUGGAAGAGGUGAGGGUUGGGCAAUCUGGUCCAAGCUUUCGCCCAUUAUGAAGUGUUACUCUUUAUGAAGAAAAAUUCCAUGGUUACUGCACAAAGAAACAUUAGUUCUCAGAAUCCCAUUUGAAACACUGUUUGAAUUAUUUCUUUAUUCUGACCAUUAUCAGGUCUUAUCACUUUUUAAAAAAGACUUGAAAUACAUAAAGAAUUAUUUUUCUAAAAUGCAUACAGGGAGUGACAUUUCUAACAUUAGGAAAACAUUUCCCACAAUAUGUUUUUCUUCUCCAGUUAUGUUUAAUAGAAGGUAUUUGGGAGAAAAUUAACAAAAAUCUGAGCUGACCGCUUUCAAAAAUCUGAGACCAAAGUUCAUUCCCUAAAUCUGCAUUUAAAUGCAGAAGCAAGAGGCUCGAUUUCCAAGAACGCUCAGCCCUUUUGGAACAGGCCACUGAUUUUGAACACCUAACAAUGGAUUUAGAGCCUAAUGUUAGGCUCAUGAUUUUUUGUAGAUCUUGGCAUGAAACUUUAGCAUUCUUGUUACUUUAAACAGCCUUUGCAGUAACCUCUGCAUCUCUGGGUGGCAUUGCUCAGUCAUGAGUCUUCCACCUGAGGACUUGUAAGUCAUAAUGGAUUCAUAAGGAAAGGAAUUGUGUUUCCCUUUUUGGACAAAACUGGUUUAUUUGUAUCACCCAGGUAAACGUCAUUUGAGUUCA